AUGGAGGAGGACACUAGAAUGAAUUUACGGCGCUUUCACCCGACAACGGUUCCACGGGGAAGGUGAUGCACCGCGUGAAAUGAAACGAGUGGCAAUGUGGCAAAAUCUACAUUAAUUGAUUGACACGUCUAUAUGAAGUCAGAAGCCUAACUUGUAGGAUUGGUAUUUAUUUGGGCUUUAUUUUCGCGCUCAGGAUACAGUGCUGCCUUGCUGUGGAUGCUGUAGAAUUGUGUUGUCAUGGCGUCCGAUGCAAGCCACAUGCUGGAGGCUGCGCUGGAGCAGAUGGAUGACAUUAUCGCAGGCUCUAAGGCUGUUGCGGAGCUGACUAACGGCCUGUAUGACCUGGGCUCUCCAGUCAGCUCGGCGCCCCUGCAGGUGCUGCAGCUGGCCGAGGACCUGAGGCUGGCCCUGGAGCUGCAGGCCUGUGACGGGGAGAGGGAGACGCUCCGCUCGCAGCUGCCCUGUGCCACCGCUCACCUCCUCAUCGACUGGCUGCAAAAGGGCUCAAUUAACCUCCAGUCACCACCCAACAAUGAGAGCUGUCAGGAUCGGCUGGAACGCUUAGAGGGUGAUAAACAGUCUUUGGUUCUUCAGGUGAGUGUACUGACAGACCAGGUGGAGGCUCAGGGGGAGAAGAUACGGGACUUGGAGAGCUCACUUGAUGAGCACCACCACAAGCUCAUCUCGACUGAGGAAAUGCUACAGCAGGAGUUGCUGAGCCGGACUUCUUUGGAGACGCAGAAACUGGAUCUGAUGGAUGAGGUUUCCUAUCUGAAACUGAAGAUGGUGGGCAUGGAGGAGGAGCCGCAGAGCCCGGCCAACAGCGACGACAGGCAGCACAAAGCUGAGUCUGUAGUCAAUCUGAUUAGCGAGCUACAGGAGCAGAUGUGUAAGUUUCAGGAGGAGAUCAGUACUCGCAUCCAGGAGAAGCGGGCUCUGGAGGGCCAGGCCCAAGAGGCCCUCAGCCAGAGCCCCAACACAGGCCUGGGUGGCCCUGAUGCCGAGGACGACUGUUGCUGUAGAGGAGACCCCACAGGCCACAGCGCUGCCUUAAUGCAGGAGCUGCGUCUGCUGAAAUAUAAGGUGGACGAGCUGGAGGGGGAGAAGAGCCAGUAUGAGAGGAAGCUGAAGGCCACAAAGACGGAGAUUGCAGAGCUGAAGCGGAUCCUAGCCUCCAAGGACUCUGAGAUCGAGUGCCUGCAGAGCCAGCUGAGGUCCCGCGGAGCGCUGAGCAACGACUUCACUGAGAGAGAGGAAGUGUGCAGGAAAAAGCUAAAAGACAAAUAUCAUGAGCUCCAACACCUGAAAAUGGGAAUGGAUUCCUUGUUAGCUGCCAACGAUGAGAAGGACCGCCACAUUGAGGAGCUCACUGCUCUCUUGGGCCGGUACCACAAGAUGAAGGAUGUGAUGGCUCUCUCUCAAGUGACCAAUGAGAAGCUCCUGUGUGGGAGCAGCGAGGAGGAGCUGAGUGGGAGUCUGAAGAUGAGAGGCCUGACGCACAAAGCUCACUCGGACAUCAUGAGAUCGGAGAUGUCCUCCAGAGGCCCCUCCCCCCUGCUGGUCUCUCCCCUGUGCCUCCAGAAGGACAUGGACUCCAGCUGCCGCAGCUUCCAGCUAGCUAUGGAGUCCACAAUAACCCCUAGCAGCAUUAGCUACCACAAUGGACAGUGGCAAGUAGAUCGGGUACAACCACGGCUCCUGUCCACCAGUCUGGAGGAGCUGCAGAGCCAAUCUGUACACAAGCAUGUUUUGGGUCAGCCAGUAGAGCCUGUUCUGCAGAACCAUCAUGUAGACAGUAAUAAAUACAGGACCCUGCCAGGCAAGCUGCCCCGCCUGCAACAGAAUGGGGAGAGAGAGAAGUACUCCCCACCACGGCAGCUGUCCCCAGCCGACAGCGAGGACAGCCAGUUCAACCUCAACCGCUGCCGAAGUGCCAGCGCUCCAGCUUUAGGCUCAAGGGGAAGACUUGAUCUUUUCGGAGCCGGAAGGACAGAGAGGGCGGAUGAAUCGACGCUGUCUGACCUCUCUCCUCUGUCGUCUGGAAGGGACUCAGGCCAGCAGUCGCCUGUCUCUCCGGAGCACAGGAAAACGCAGAGGGGCAUCAAGAAGCUGUGGGGGAAGAUCCGCAGGUCUCAGUCGGGAAGCCUGCCCGCCGGCGAGUCGGAGUCGGGCGAGUUCCGGAGAGGAGGCAUGAGAGCCACGGCUGGACCUCGACUGGCCACCACAGGACUCGCGGCACGUGACAUGAACAUGCCCUUUUCCAAGUGGAGCCCGGAGCAGGUGUGCAGUUGGCUGGAGGACUUUGGCCUGGGACAGUACAGCAGCCAGACUAGACAGUCUAUCAGCAGCGGGCAGACCCUCCUGUCUGCCAGCACACAGGACAUCGAGAAGGAGACAGGGAUUAAGCAUCCACUGCACAGGAAGAAGCUCCAGUUGGCCCUGCGCACCUUCAGCAACAAGCACACGGAGAAGUCUGCUGAGCUGGAUCACAUCUGGGUCACGCGUUGGCUGGAUGAUAUUGGAUUACCUCAGUACAAAGACCAGUUCAAUGACGCAAGGGUAGACGGCCAAAUGCUGCAAUAUUUGACAGUGAAUGAUCUGCUGUUCCUGAAGGUGACCAGUCAACUCCAUCACCUCAGCAUCAAGUGUGCCAUCCAUGUGCUUCACGUCAACAAGUUCAACCCCAACUGCCUGAAGCGCAGGCCUGGAGAUGAGCAUAACGUAACGCCCUCUGAAGUGGUGCAGUGGUCCAACCACCGUGUAAUGGAGUGGCUCCGCUCAGUGGACCUGGCUGAGUACGCGCCCAACCUGAGGGGCAGUGGAGUCCAUGGAGGCCUCAUAAUCCUGGAGCCGCGCUUCAACUCUGAGACAUUAGCCAUGCUCCUCAACAUCCCGCCACAGAAGACGCUGUUGCGUCGGCACCUGGCCACCAACUUCGGCUCCCUGGUGGGGGGGCAGGCCCAGCAGGAGAAGAGGGAGUUCAUGGAGUCGCCCAACUACACCCCCCUCACCACCACCGCCAAAGUCCGGCCAAGGAAGCUGCCCUUUUCCAACUUCAGUCAGCUGAGGAGGAAGAAGGCGGACGAGACCACGGACUACAUCUGCCCCCUGGAGGCGGCACAGACCCAGGCCCUGGUUAACGGGGCCCACCGGCCCUACAGCGGCUUCAGGGGCCUCAGCCCCAUACUCGACAGGGACCCCGAGAGGGUGCAGGCGCUGGCCACCCGGGGAAGCAUUUUGCAGAUAGAAGCUCUGUCAGAGGGAAUAAACAACCUGACAUACUUGUUAAGCCGCGAUGAGCUACUGCGUGGGAUGCGACGGAGCCAGACAGCUAUAGUGUGAGCAGGACGCUAACGACCGCGGCUAACGAACACCAACAUCCCAUCCAGGGAAGCCUCAUACCUCAGCCUAACCCCAAGAGGCCUUUACCAGCUGUUUACAGCAGUUGCUACUCAACCCCUCCAGUGACCUAACACACCUGAACGUCUUCCACCCCCUCUUACCCAGACUGAGCGCAGCCAACCAGGCAUCAGUCAAUACAGCCCUCCUCCCAAAUCUUUUUUGUUACUUUCUGCACUGUUAGUAUUUAGUAUUUUAUAUUGACCAUUCAGUUGCAGAGGAUAUUUUCUAUUUGUACUGUAAUAUAAACAAAGAGAAGUGAUGUCAAUAAAAACAGACACUGUAUCAUA